AUGAUGGCUGCGAGCUCGCGUCUACUUCAAUUGCCGGCUGAGCUUCGCAACGCGAUCUACGAGUUGGCCUUUACGACCAAACACGAUCUCGACGAGAAGGUCGACCUCCUUGCUGCAAAACCUCCUGAUGGCAAGGCCCUCCUCGCGACCUGCCGUCAGGUCUAUAAUGAAGCGUGCGAACUCUACAAGACCAAGUAUCGCGAGUUCUGGACCACUAGCAGCUUCGUGGUGACGGUGAACGGGGUACCUGUGCGGAAUCAAGUCGCAUCGCCGAAGACUGCAGACAUCGAGAACAUAAGCACGCUCGAGGUCGUACUCGGCUCCUUUGGGCACAGUGAUAUCCGACAGAGAUUCAACAUCUAUACUCUGGUUGACAAGCGCGGCGGCUGGUGCGUGGACGGACGUGAUUACAUCUGGGCGGGAUACGGUGCUGGGGGCCGUCUGGUCUGCCGCAGGGCAUUCACGAAGGAGGAGCUCAGUUACCUAUGUUCUCAGGCCGCUAGAAAGCUAUCCUUCAGCAAGAGGUUGUGGGACACCUUUGGCGUUCCUGAGGCGGUGUCGGAAACCGACAAGGAGUACAGACCUGCUAUCAAGGGGGCUCGAGAUGCCUGA